CCAUUUUGAUACUGAACACCGCGGGUGGAACAGAUCGGGCACGAAUAGACAGCAACAUUUUCACUUAAACACGCUGAUUACUUGGUCAGCAAACGCCGAACAGCCAUGUCAUCAGAUAACCAGGACACGGAGACGCAGUCGGAGCAGAUGGACGAGACUCAGGAAUCCCAGGACACAAACUCAAACCCAGUGCGGACAGAGGAGGCCAAAUUGAAAGCAAAGUAUCCCAGCUUGGGCCAAAAGCCAGGUGGCUCCGACUUCCUGAUGAAGAGACUGCAGAAAGGGCAAAAGUAUUUUGACUCAGGAGAUUACAACAUGGCCAAGGCAAAGAUGAAGAACAAACAGUUGCCUGCCGCAGCUGGUCCAGACAAGAACAUUGUCACCGGGGAUCACAUUCCAACCCCACAAGACCUUCCGCAGAGAAAGUCCUCAUUGGUUACAAGUAAACUGGCUGGCUAACGUCAGCCAUAGGUUUUGAAUAAACCCUCUUACCAAACUUCCAAAACCUCCCCAGCCCCACCAGACCAGCUUCAUCAGGACUGGAUAUCAAUUUAUUUUGUUUUGUUUCUUUUAAUUUGGGUGUAGAGUCUUGCUGUCAUUUUAAUUUCUACUCAGUAGGUCUAAGCAUCCCAGCUCUGUUAACCUCUUCAGUGUCCCACAUAGAGUAGGGAUAAACUAAACCCUUGCUACUCCAGGCCCUGGUGGAGCAUGAUGCACUUUACUCCGUGUACCCUGUACAUUAGUGAUAUUAUGAACAAACCCCUGAAGACUUCAUAAAAUGCUUUUUCAAAAGAUGCUUUUAAAAUUUGAACAAUUAUUUAAGAUUGUUUUAAAAGCGAUUGUUUUCUAUAUAGACAAUACUUGACAAGUCAUUGGAACCAGAUUACAUUGGCAGCCCUCUUAUGCUUCAUAAUGACAAAUUAUUGAAUGUUUUUUAUAUA